AUGAGUUCGUUGCCAAAUCCGUCACAUCUAGCACUUACGCCUGGAAGGAGGCAUAGACAUAGGAGAUCUGCAGCUAUUUCUGGAGACUUUGACCUGGUUGGACUCGGGUUGUUUUCACCUACAACUUAUACUAACACGCAUACUCUGAGCACACCAAAUAACACAGCAUCAGACGAAAAAGACUACGAAUAUGGGAAGAGUGGUGACGACCUAGAUAGGCAUUUUAAUUUCAAUAACGAGGAUGAUUUUUGCAAGAAACCGACGGGAGACGGCUUUUCAUUCCCAAAUAAAACACCAGACAUGAGUCAGAACAACCAGCGCAGCUUCACAUCUUUUACAUCGCCUCCCAGGAGACCAAAUAACUAUUCCUUGAACUCACCUAUAAGAUUAAACCAUUCUAGAUCGGCUUCUACAUCAGCCACGCCGAAGACCAAGUUUUUUUUAACGGAGGAAACCAAUUUUAAUAAUGAAAAUGUACCGGAUGCAGUAAUUGAUCUUGAUGAAAUCCUAAAAGCUAACACGAAUAUGAGAGAUAAUAAUUCUCCUUCAAUCCCUAUUCACAAGCGUACGCAACUGACUCCACCGGAAUUAUCGGGGCAUGAUGAAUUCUUAGCAUCUCCCUUUUUGAAGCCAGCUUCUAGUCCGUUUAUUUCAUCGCCGUUAUCUUCGAUUAAUAAUCCACUUUUUCAACAACUGAUUAAAGAGCAAACGAGCGAUAAUGAAGAUAUUAAUGACAUUGAUGAAAUCGACGAACUUGAAGAAAUGGAGGUGGCGAAUGAUGACAAUAUUGAUUUGAUGGCUGACCAUGACGAAGAAUUGUUUACAAACCCCCAGCACACUUUGGAGGGUCUCUACUCUAAUUCGUCUGCUAAUUCAUCUUGUUCGAGUUUGCGUUCGUCUAAGGCUAUCGAAAAAACGUUGUCUAACACAUCGAACAAUUCUGGAAUUUCCAGUGGUAGGACGGAUUCUCUACCACAAACGAAAAGGUCUGGUGCUAAAGCGAACAGGUAUCAAUCAUUCUAUGACCAGUCCUUCAAGGUUUCAAACGCGUUGAAGGUAUCUUCAUCUGAGAGCAUCAACAUUGUUAGGUCAAAUAGUAUCACUAUUAGGAUAGCGAAUACGUCCGCUAAUAAAGAAAUAAGAUUAUUAGGUCAUUCCUCAAGCUUACCAAGUCUCAAAUCUAAUUCUCUGAAACGGAUUAAUCCAAAGCCUUCGAGACUUGGAGAUACAAGGGUUGCUGAUAGAUAUGGCGAAAACAGGUAUAAUGAAUCUAGACCUAUACAUUUUGAUAAUAAUAAUGUACCACCCCCUUCGUCAUCUCCUCAGGUUAAAAAUUUAGCCAUGGCGAUAGCUGAAAACAAAGAUGAGACUACUAAGAUCCCAAGGACAGGGGAGAAUCAGCUAGGGCUUGGUAAGAACAAUUCAACUAGUCCUACCAGCAUCACUUCGAACUACACAUCGCUUUCUAUUAAUGGAACUACACCUUCUACGGAGCAUUCAUCGCUUUUAUCGCAACAAGGUGUGAUCAAUAAAUCUGAUAUUAGUCCCUCGAAACAAACUAAUCAGACUAAUAAGACUAAUCUUACUACCCUGGAUUCUGUGCGAAGCAGAACUAGCACAUCUAACACAUCUAUAGUCUCAGACACUAAUGCAUCAAAUGUUUCCAACAAGACUACAGUCACUAAUGAUUCAAACUCAACGCCCCCUGCUAUUGUGGUUAGUUCAGAUCAAGAUAGUUCUCCUUCUACGGACGCAACUUUUGAAGUAAAUGAUGAACAAAUACAAUCACCACCUUCUUCUACUACGAUACCAGUAUCAACCAUAUCUAUGUCCGUCAACCCAUACACUCCACGUCUUCCAUCUCCAAAAGAAGAAGCGUUUCUCAGAGGAAUUGAAAUUCCAUCAUAUAAAAAAUCCAAUGAUUCAUCUCCAAAAAAAAGUGUACACUCGAGGUCAAAAUCAAGUGUAGUAGAUGAGAUGGUAGCGAACAUACCCAAUACUCAUCCGUCAGAUAAUUCGAGUCUAAAACUGAAAAGAAGAAGCAGUAAAAUUAUUAAUUGGUUUAAACGAAGGUAA